AUGAUCACAAUACUGGAAGACAAGGUCGAAGAGCGCGACAAAGAGCUUCUUCAUGCCGAGCUUGAGCGGCUAGAUGUACUGCAGCACUACUCUACCUCUGUUCAAGAGCUAACACGAGCCAAGCAACACGCCGCCCCCGUUGGGAGACUCUUGUCUAACAGACUUCUCCAGGACGCCGCUGCACUCACGAAGAUGAUUGAUCCAGGAGGCUCACUGCCGGUUACCGAACUUCCCAAGGCCAUACAGCGCCUACAGGUCCGCACGCAGGCAGCUCGAUCGCAGCUGGCAAGAACUCGCUUCGCUCUUGCCAAUCAGAUUCAACUGCUCCAUGAGAUCUACCGCCAGAUCGUGUCUACCAGCAUUCAGACCCUCGAGCAAACAAUCCAUGGCUCGGUGGCACGCAGCUCGAAAGCGAAAGCGGACUAUCUCGCCACUGUUGCGGAGGGCAUGAGUAAGAAGCUUAGAGUGCAGCAUGCGCAGCUUCUGCAGCAGGUCUACUCUCCCAAGGUGCAGGAGGCGCUGAAGGUCAGAAAGGCAGUCAUGGUUGCCGAGAUGGCCACGGUGAGACGCCAGCUGCGCGAGGCGGAGGAGAAGAUUGCCAAGUACCGCCAGGCGAAAGGCCUGGAGGGCAUCGCCAGCGAGUACGCGGAGGUGCUCAAGGAGACCAGGCGGGUCAAGGAGGAGAUCGAACGACUAGAGAAGCGUGACGUACAUCCUGGCUGA